AUGUUACAGAGUCAGGCCUCCUCUCAGUUCUCUGAUCAGUAUCCCUCAUCGGCUUUUGAGGAUAAUCCACGAGAUACUUUCUCCUUCAUCACAUCUGAUGGGCUGUUUAACCUCGACGGGCGCGAAACGCCAACUUCUACUCCUAACGUGAACUUACUCCGACCGGCGAUUCCUCCUGUUAUCCCAGAAACACUCGAACGCGUUGGUCCUCCUAAAAGGAAAAACUAUAUCCUCUGGACAGAAAUGGCGAAUGAGGAUUUCAUCGUCUGGUGGUUAAAGACGGAGUAUGGAAGUAAGAUGAAACGGAAUAUCUUUGAGGGUAGACGCAAUGCAGAAUGUUGGGACCACUUCUACCAGGUCGCUACUAUCCAGGAUGGGUCUCCUAAGGCAUAUCUGUCGUCUCGUAAAGCAUCAUUUACGCCGCAAGCUUGGAUGGAAAGGUUAAUUACCUUUAUUGCUGCCUCGCGGCUACCCUUCCAGCUUAUUGAGCAUCCUGAAUUUCGCGCCCUUCUUGAGAUGGCCCGGCUUGCUCCCUGCUUCCCCGAAAUCCCAACUGCAACCACAGUCCGCCGUCAUCUUCAAGAGAUCGUGGAAGAACGCCAGUAUACUCUUCUACAGAAGCUUCCUAAUAGUGCUAAGCUCUCUAUUGCAUUAGAUUGCUGGACCUCACCAUUUCGCCAAGCUUUUAUGGCAAUAACGGGCUAUUUCAUUGACCAAGAGUGGAAUUACCGAGAGCUCUUGCUUGGCUUUGAACCUCUACAGGGCUCAUAUACGGGGGCCUAUCUAAGCACUGUCCUGCUUGACCUUCUUGAGAAGCAUCGGAUUACUGAGAGGGUGUUAACUAUUACUACUGAUAACGCAUCUAAUAACGGAACAUUACUCGGUAGCCUUCAAGAGGUCGUCGAAUCCCUACAGCUACCUAGUAGUAUACCGGUUAUUCGUAUACCAUGUAUUGCACAUGUUAUACAGCUCAGUUUGAAGGAGCUCCUUGGUCAGAUGGACGCGAACCCAGGAAACGAGAGGGAAGAGAUUGAAUGGACCGAGAAAGGGCAUAUAGCUCGGCAAGAGAAUAGAAAGAUCGUGGAUACUCUGAACAAGGUUCGGAAGGUAGCAGUCUACAUCAACAAAAGUCCCCAGCGCCGCGAGAGCUUCAUAAGGCUUCAGACGAAAGAGCCUAAGCUUAUGCCUAUACAAGAUGUUCGGACACGAUGGAAUUCGACGUUCCUCAUGCUUAGGCGUGCCCGGCGAUUGCAGUCUGCCUUUGAUGACUUCUGUGUCCAAUUCAACCUCGCUGAUGUAAAGAUAGACAGAGAUGAAUGGCGACAAGUUGACUAUCUUCUGUCAAUCACUUAUCCCUUCUUCAAAUUCACUUCGUCUCUUUCGGCAACUACAGACGUGACUAUCCAUAACGUCUUUGGUAUCUAUAACGCCCUAUUCACACAUAUUGAUAAGGCGAAAGUGCAGCUAGCGCGAAAGAAGGUUGGUUGGAAGAGAGUGAUGAAGUCCGCGCUUGACCGUGCGCGCGAUAAGCUUACAGAGUAUUAUGGAAAGACUGAUGAUAUUCCUGGUGAUCUCUAUGCAAUUGCGACUAUCCUAGGACCACGGAACAAGCUAGAGUUCUUCACAACAUCUGAAUGGGAACCUCACUGGGGGCCUCGCUAUAAGCAGUCGCUAGAGGCUUACAUUCAGCCUUACCGGCAGCGCUACGAAGAGUCAAACGUGACGGCUCCAGAUGAGCUUACACGGUAUCUUAGAAGUAGUACUGUCGAAGCAACCCCUCUCGUUUUCUGGAAAGAACACCAAAAUGAAUAUCCUAUUCUGGCAAGCCUUGCUCGAGACAUCCUUACAACACCAGCCAGUGGUUCUGGCGUUGAGCGGUUAUUUAACUCUGCGCGUGAUAUCUGCCAUUAUCGCCGGGGCUCACUGAAACCGCAGACAAUUAAGGAAUUGAUGUUGUUUAUGUGUACAACAAAAUUUGACGUGGAGUCAGAGCAGCUUGCCCUAGUUGAUGAGUAUCUUUCUACGCAAGAGAAGCAAGCAAAGAAAGAGCAGAAGGACGCCCAGAAGAAAGAGGAACAAUUUGAUCCAAUUAGUGAUAACGAGGAAGACCUAUCUACUACUGAAGAUUCUGCCGAAACUAUCCAACUUCCUAGUGCGCGAGCGCUUGGAAAGAGAAGGGCUACCCCGGAUCAGCUAUUUGAACUUGACGAUGAUGAUGAUGAGGUUCCCCUGCCUGAUAAUAGCCACUUAGAAGAAGGGAGGACUACUCAGAGGCGUUCAUCUGGGCGUGUUCCAAAGCGCUUGAGACAGGAUGAGGAUUUUGUAUAUCUUUAA